CCGUUUUGUACCGAAGUUCCUCUGAGGAGCCUUCUGCGGCGGGCGUCUCUCAGAAAAGUUAGUAAGCCUCUAUGCGGCUCUGGUCUCGGUCUUUAUUCCUGUCCAACACCCGUGCCUUUCCGGAGAAGGGUGGAGAGUUUCGCCUGUCGGAGGGAGGAAGAAGCGCCGGGCUCCGGCCGGGGUUCUAGGGACGGGCCCUGAGUGUGGACUCCGCCAUGUGGGGGUCGGGAACUCUGGCCAGGCCCCGAGCUGGAUUGUGUUCGUGAGAGUCACUUUAACCUUCCAACAAAGAAUCGGGGGGUCGUUGCCUCCCACUUCCAGCGUUUCUCGCCGCCUACCGCAUCUGCGUGGUAACAGCUUUCAGCGUUUGCCCUCUCUUCGCGGCCUUCGUUAGUUUCUAAAACAUUGAACUGAUCUUACCUGUGGCUCUCCUUCCUUAAGAAGUGGUUUUUCAAACUUAAAUCACGGGACUCCUUUUGCAAAUGGGAGCGUACACGGGAGCUCAGCUAAAAGAAAUUAAAGAAUCACUACAAAUGAGUAUUACCCAUUUUAUAAGUUUGACUCUUGAUGAAUUCGGACUUGAAAUUGGGAUUAGAUGAUGGUGCAAUCUUUAUCAGCCUUUAUUUUAUCACACUUUAUUUCAGUAUUUUGCGUUAUGGUACAGGAUUGAGACUUACCUUCGUUUGCAUGGACUAAGUAUUUGCAAACAGUAACUUUCUCAAGCUUUCUCAGGAUACAGUCUCAGGAUACGUCUCAAACUGAACCAGCAGUUUGGCGUAAAGAAUCUAGAAACUGUUCCCCAGGAAGAAACUCAUUAAUUUGGAACUGGAGUAUUCCUUUGCAUCAGAUACUAAAAUGAAAGACCCACCAUUAAAUGGUGAAUGUGACAAGACAAUGGUACCACCACUGAGGCGACUUGAUGAAAUUAAGACAGAGCCCGACAAUGCUCAAGAGUAUUGUCAAGCCCAACAGCCCAAAACUCAAGAAAGCGAACUGAAAAUAAGCUCCACGUUUUCAGAGAGUGCUUCACAGUUGACUGCAGGCAUUCAGCUUUCUCUGGCAUCAUCUAGCAUGAGUAAAAUGCUUCCUUCAGUUUCAACCACAGUUAUACAAGUUUCCUGUUCCGGUUGUAAAAAAAUUCUCCAAAAGGGGCAAACUGCUUAUCAGAGGAAAGGAUCUUCUCAGCUUUUCUGCUCCACACCAUGCAUCACCGGAUACAUUUCAUCUGCCAAUUCACCAGCUCCUCCCAGGAGAACUUGUUCAAACUGCUCAAAAGACAUUUUAAACCCAAAGGAUGUGAUCAGUAUGCAGCUGGAAGAUACUACCUCUAGCAAAAAUUUUUGCAGCCAAUCUUGUCUUUCAUCUUAUGAAGAAAAAAGAAAGCCCUUUGUUACCAUGUGUACUAAUAGCAUUUUAACCAAAUGCAGCAUGUGUCAGAAGACUACUGGUAUUCAGUAUGAAGUAAAAUACCAGAACACAAAACAUAGUCUUUGCAGUAAUGCCUGCUUUUUAAAGUUUCACUCUGCUAACAAUCUCAUCAUGAACUGUUGUGAGAACUGUGGGACUUACUGUUACACCAGCUCUAGUCCAUUCAACAUACUUCAAAUGGAAGGACAGACUCAGUACUUUAAUAGUUCAAAGAGUGUUACAGCAUACAAGCAGAAACCAGCCAAAACACUUCCAUCUGUUCUUUUCAAAUCAUUGAAGCCCUCAGAUGAAAUUAUUGAGACUACCAAUGUCUUGGGGAAGACAGAGCUUUUCUGCUCUAUUAGUUGUUUCUCUGCUUACAAUAAAGCUAAGAUGGAAUCUUCUUCAGUAAAUAUUUCCAUGGUGCAAGAUGCUUCAACAGAGCUCCCUUCUCCAAAGAAAGAUACAACUCCAGUUAUAAGCAAUAUAAUGUCAUUGGCAGAUACUCAUGUUGACCUACCCAUUGUAAACUCUGAUGUUUUACAAGAUACAGUUUCUUCACUAACAGCAAAUGUCAUUGCAGAUAUUUCUAAGAGUUCACUCAGUGAAUCAAGUAAUGGUAUUGCUAAUAAUAGUAUGGAACAGCCAAGCCUUUCGCCAUCUUCAUCUGUACACAGUCAGCAUACAAUUGGCUCUGAUAUUGAAGUACAAAAGAAUAAAGUAUCAAGCCAGGAUCCUGCAUACAAUAUGAAAUCUAUGAAAAUAAAUGAUGGGCUGUGUCAUCCUAAAUUUACAUCUAAAGUACAGAAAGUUAAAGGGAAGUCACGAAGUAUGAAAAAAUCUUGGUGUUCAAAUUUUCCGAGUUUUGGAAACAGUGUUAAAAAGGAUGUGACAUUCUGUUAUUCGUGCCAGUUGUUCUGCCAAAAAAAUUUUAGUUAUGGAGGAGAGUCAUUUGCAACCCAAGGAAUUUCUAAUUGGAAAAAAACUCUGGAAAAAUUCAGAAAACAUGAGAAAAGUGAAAUGCAUUUGAAGUCGUUGCAGUUUUGGAGAGAAUACCAUUUUUGUGAUGAAACAGUUAAUGAUAAUUUAUCUAUUCAUUCAAAACAGGUUGAGGGAAAUAAAAAGUACCUAAAGUUUAUAAUUGAAAAUAUUUUAUUUCUUGGAAAGCAGUGUUUACUUUUACAAGGAAAUGACCAAUCUGUUUCAUCUGUGAAUAAAGGCAAUUUUUUAGAAUUGUUAGAAAUCAGAGCAAAAGAUAAAGGAGAAGAAAUAUUUCGACUUAUGAAUUCACAAGUUGAAUUCUUUAAUAGUACUCAAAUUCAAAAUGAAAUUAUUGAAAUAAUAAAGACUGAAAUGUUGCAGGAUAUUGUGAAUGAGAUCAAUGUCUCCUCAGCUUUUUCAAUAAUAUGUGAUGAGACAACUGAUAGUACCACUAAAGAACAGUUUUCAGUUUGUGUAAGAUACCCACAAAAAACCUCAAAGGCUAUCUUAAUUAAAGAAAGAUUCUUGGGUUUCCUUGAUACUGAAGACAUAUCUGGAACUAACUUACAUAAGAUUAUCAAAACUUACCUGCAGCAUAUUGGAGUUGAUCUGAAUAAAAUACGUGGCCAAGCCUAUGAUAGUACCACUAAUUUGAGGGGAAAAUUUAGUAAAAUCGCAACAGAAUUCAAAAAGGAGGAGCCAAGGGCUUUAUACGUACAUUGUUAUUCACAUUUUUUGGAUUUAGCAGUGAUUAGGUUUUGUAAAGAAGUAAAAGAACUCCGAAGUACUCUCAGUACUCUCACGUCUUUGUUCAACACUAUGUAUAUGUCUGGGGAAAUGUUGGCAAGUUUUCAAAACAUUUGUAAGCUAAGCCAAAACAAAACAUGCAAGAAACAUUCUUCACAGUCAUGUUGGACAGUCCAUGAUCGUACGUUACUGUCUGUGAUUGAGGGUCUUCCAAAGAUUAUCGAAACAUUGGAAGUUCUAUCAAGCCAUUCUUCAAACCCAACUUUGGCUGAUGAAUUGCGUGACUUAAUAACAUUGGUUUCUAAAUUUGAAUUUGUCUUUUGUUUAAAAUUUCUUUAUCGAGUGCUAAGUGUUACAGGAAUUCUUUCCAAAGAGCUUCAAAGUGAUACCAUAGACAUUUUUUCUUUGUCUUCAAAAAUAGAAGCAAUUUUAGAAUGUUUAUCAUCUGAGAGGAAUGAUGUUUAUUUCAAAACUAUCUGGGAUGGAGCAGAGGAAAUAUGUCAAAAAAUAACCUGUAAAGGUUUUGAUGUUGAAAAACCUUCCCCUCAAAAACGAAGAAAAAUUCAGAAAAUUAUGGAUCAUGGCAGUUCAGAUAGUGUGUUUUUUCCUACUUCAACAGAAGAACAAUAUAAAAUUAAUAUUUACUUCCAAGGAUUGGAUACUGUAUUACAAAAUUUAAAAUUGUGUUUUUCAGAGUUUGAUUAUUGCAAAAUAAAGCAAAUUUCAGAACUGUUAUUUAAAUGGAAUGAACCAUUAAAUGAAGCAACAGCCAAAUAUGUUCAAGAGUUUUAUAAACUUGAUGCAGAUAUUAUCCCAGAACUUAGAUUUUAUCGACACUUUGCAAAGCUCAACUUUGUUGUAGAUUAUGAAUGUGUCAAUUUUAUCAGUCUUGGCUAUUUGUUUAUUCAACAUGGUCUUCACAAUAAUAUUCCUUGCCUCUCAAAGCUAUUAUAUAUUGCUUUGUCUUGGCCAAUUACUUCACCAAGUGCCGAAGCCUCAUUUUCUACACUGACCCGCCUUAAGACUUACUUAUAUCAUACCACAGGGCAAGAAAGGCCUAGUGGCCUGGCCCUGAUGGCAGUUGAGCAAGAAUUGGUCAAUAAGCUGAUGGAGCCUGAAAGACUCAGUGGAAUUGUAGAAAAGUUUAUCAAUCAGAUGAAAAAAAUAUGAUGUUGGCUAAUUUGAACCUACCUAAAAGAAUUUUUGAUUUCUGUUGGAAAGUUAUAGUUUGGAUUUCAAAAUUUUGUCUCUAAAGAAAAAAUAGUUUUUCAUUAGAACAUGGUUCAGAAUUCCAAAAAAAAAAUACAGUUAAAUGUCUCCUUCCUACUCUUAGCACCCAAUUCUUCCUUCCUGGAACGUUAUCAGUUUCUUAAAUAUUCAGAGGUAUUUUACUUAAAUGGUUCUAUACACACUUUUCUUCAGCUUAUCUUUUCCACUUAACAUAUUUUUGAGACUUAACAGUACAUAAAGAGUUUCUUGAUUCUUGUUUACAACUGCGUAAGAUUUCAUUGUAUGGAUGUGCUAUCCUGUGAAUAGACCAUAAUGUAUUUGAGCACUUCCUACUGACAGACAUUUUAAUUCUUUCCAUUUAUAUUCUUACUGGAUUUAAUAAACUUGUACAUGAGGAAGUUUCUGUGAAAUACAUUCUAAAAUGGAGAUUACUGGAUCAAAAGAUUGGUGCCUUUUUAUUUUUGAUAGAUAUUGGCAAAUUGCUUUUUAUAGGGGUGUGCCAAUUUAAUCAACCACCACCAAUGCCUCAGUACCUGUUUCCUCAGGUUUUCACAGUAUUAUCAAACUUUUUGAUCUUUGCCAAUCUGUUAGUUGAAAAAUGGUAUUUUAGUUUUUUUAGUUUUAGUUUGUAUUUCUCUUAAGAAUAAGGUUGGGUAUCUGAGCCAUUUGUAUUUCCAUUUCUGUGAACUGUCACAUUUAAGCACAGACUAAAUAUUGCUCGUUUUGGUUGUGUAAUAUUGCCACUUGUUGGGAUGAUAUAAUAGAAAUUAUUAAGCUACUUUAUGAAAAUAUUAAUGUUAUUUUUCAAAUAAAUAAUUCCAGAAGGAAGGACUCUUCUGUUAUUUAAACAGUUAAAUGUCAAAGGAAGUGUAUGUUCCUCAUCGAUUUGAAGGAAUUUGGUGGUGGAUAUAUCAGUACCUGGAUUGGGAGGUGGGGGGAUAUUUCUCUGACAUCUUUAGCUCUUGCAUGCCUUCUCUUUCUUUUUCCUCUGGUGGUUAUUGGCUUAUUAAUAUUUCCUAUCUCUUAAGUUGAUUUUUAUAAUUUGUCAUUUUUCUAGAAAGAGCUUCCAUUUCAUUCAGGCUUUCAAAUGUAUCUGCUUAGAGUUGUAGAAAGUGUUCUCUUUAUUCUGGAUACCUGUAGUUAUUUUCUUACUGACCUUGUAUUAGUCAUUGUAUUAGGGUUCUCCAGAAAAACAAUCACAGGAUAUAUGUAUAUGUAUACACACACACACAUAAAGAGAGAUUUAUUUUAAGGAAUUGGCUCAUGAGCCUGUGGGAGCUGGCAAAUCCAAAUUCUCUAUUUGCAGAUCAGAGGCUGGAAAUUCCUGGAGGACUGAUGUUAGUCUUUAGUCAGAGUUCAUAGGGAGGCUAGGGAAGAGCAGAGGGUGUAGUCUUGAGGCAGAAUUUCUGAUCUCUGGAACUGUCAGUUUCUCCUAAAACCUCCAACUGAUUAGAUGUGGCCCACCCACAUUAUGUAGGGUAAUCUCCUUGAGGUCAACUGAUUGUAGAUCCUAAUCCUAUCUACUAAAUACCUCCACAGUAAUCAUUAGGCUGAAGUUUGACAAAACUAGAGACCAUAAACCUAGCCAAGUUGACACAAAAUUAACCAUCACACUCAUUUUUGUUUUUUUCUUUAUUAGUCCAACUAGUGAUUUAUUUAGUUAUUUUCAAACACAGUCUUGGAUUUAUUUAUCACUUUAAAAAAAUUAUUCAUUUUAACAUAAAAGUACAGAGAAUAUAAUGUAACCUCUAGUCCUAUCAGAUCCUACAUUUUGUUA